AUGGAGGUUGAAUUUCAACAGUUCCAGCGUGUGCUUCAAGAGCAGCAAGAUAAACGAGAAAGGAUUAUUAGAAUCUCUCGGGAAAUCACAAUUCAAAGUAAACGGAUGAUUUUUCUACUACAUCAAGCAUCGUCGACUGAAUUUCCUUUACCAUUGGAAUUUGACAAAACGAAACAGCAUAAACAAAAUAUUCAAAAACAAUUAGGGUUGUUAAAGCAAGAACUGGAUACUCCUGAUGCUGAGCGAUAUGCUGCAUCUUGUUCUCCUGGUAUCCAAGAAUUUGUUGAAGCUUAUGCAUUUGAAUAUUGGCUGCAACGUCAGUCUCUUAUACACCCAAAAGAUCCCAAGUUCCAGACUGAUCUUCAAUCCUUUGAUUAUGUCUUGGGACUUUGCGAUAUGACUGGCGAAAUCAUGCGUUUCCUUAUAACUCACGGGUCCAAGUUCGCUAUGGAAGACGUUCUUUCACAUGUUCAGUUUCUUCGUGAGCUGAAUUUGGAAUGCACGAAAUUAAAAAAUUUGAGCCGCCGUUCCCAAAAUGAAUUAAAGCAAAAAUUUGGUGUCAUGGAUAGCAGCAUUUCAAAAGUAGAGAGUAUAUGUUACAGCAAAAUCCUCAGAAUGUCUGACCAAACAUCCGUGAAAAGGGACACAGAAAAUCUAGCUUCCAAACAAAAAAAGCUUCGUAUUCACUAG